GAAACAAAGCAUAUCGGAGAAUCAUCGUCGUCAACAAUGGCUUCCUUCAAUGCCCGACGAUCUCUAUCAACUCUAUUAACCCGCGCCCUCUCUUCUUCUUCUUGGCCUCUUCGUUCUUCGUCUAUCUCUUCACGUUCUCGUCUCGCCUUUUCUCUCAUCAGAAACUCCCCAGUUUCUGCCCCCGAAUCAGUCAAAAUCCUGACCCGGUCCAGGACAUCCGGAUCCGGGUACUCGCCAUUGAACGACCCAUCCCCGAACUGGAGCAACCGGCCGCCGAAGGAAACGAUCCUUCUCGACGGCUGUGAUUAUGAGCAUUGGCUUAUUGUUUUGGAAUUCACGGAAGACCCAAAGCCUUCUGAAGAAGAAAUGAUCGAUGCCUAUGUCAAAACCCUUGCUUCUGUCGUCGGCAGUGAAGAGGAAGCGAAGAAGAGGAUAUACUCUGUUUGUACGACGAGGUAUACUGGGUUUGGUGCUUUGAUAUCUGAGGAGUUGUCUUAUAAAGUUAAAGGAUUACCUCGUGUGCUCUGGGUCUUACCGGAUUCAUAUCUCGAUGUUCCGAACAAAGAUUAUGGAGGGGAUUUGCUUGUUGAUGGUAAAGUCGUCCAUAGGCCGCAAUAUACAGGUCCGGUUCAGCCAUCUAACACCCGAGUUCGAGGACACAGGCCUAUUAGAAGAUAACAUUCUCUUGCGAAUACAGCGAGGAGCAACCGAUCACCACGGCCACCACCACCACCAUCUUCAUAGGUUCUCGGUAUCGUUCGAUGGUGAUGAAUCCGUGUUUGCUCUAUUUCGGAACAUACAUAUUUAUCUAACAUCUUUAUGAAAGUUGGGAAAUUUGAAUGUUUUGCAGUUGCAUCAUGCAUAGUUGGUCAGUUCCUAGUUU